CCUUCUGCGGGGCGGAAAUGGGCGGGGCGCGCGCCUACGCGCGUGAGUGAGGGCGGCCGUCGGCCCGGGGGAGGAAGCUGGGGUCGGGUGCGAGAGCUGCAGGCUGCUACCAUGAGGCUGAAUCAGAACACCUUGCUGCUGGGGAAGAAGGUGGUGCUGGUCCCCUACACCUCAGAGCAUGUGCCCAGGUACCACGAGUGGAUGAAAUCAGAGGAGCUGCAGCGUUUGACGGCUUCAGAGCCGCUGACCCUGGAGCAGGAGUACGCGAUGCAGCGCAGCUGGCGGGAAGACGUGGACAAGUGUACCUUCAUUGUGCUGGAUGCAGAGAAGUGGCUGGCCCAGUCGGGCACCAGCGAAGAGAGCUGCAUGGCGGGAGAUGUGAACCUCUUCCUCACGGAUCUCGGGGACCCCUCCUUGGGGGAGAUCGAGGUCAUGAUUGCAGAGCCCAGCUGCAGGGGCCAGGGCCUGGGCACGGAGGCCGUCCUCAUGAUGAUGCUUUAUGGAGUGACCAGGCUAGGUCUGACCAAGUUUGAGGCUAAAAUUGGGCAAGGAAAUGAACCGAGCAUCCGGAUGUUCCAAAAGCUUCACUUUGAGCAGGCAUCCCCGUGUGGAUGGGCGUGGAAGCCUGGAGCCCUGCUGACAGCUGCCGCGUGGACAGGCCUCCCCGUGCGGAUGGGCGUGGAAGCCUGGAGCCCUGCUGACAGCUGCCGCGUGGACAGGCCUCCCCGUGCGGAUGGGCGUGGAAGCCUGGAGCCCUGCUGGCUGCUGCGUGGACAGGCCUCCCUGUGCAGAUGGGCAUGGAAGCCUGGAGCCCUGCUGACAGCCGCCGCGUGGACAGGCCUCCCCCUGCAGAUGGGCGUGGAAGCCUGGAGCCCUGCUGCAGGUCAACCUGGGGUGUGGAGCCUGGGGUGUGGGGUGCGCUGGCCCCUCUCCAAGCUGGGAAUCUCCUUGUGGGGCCCUUCAGACUCUGGGCUGGACUCGGCCUUGGCCUUCCUCUGGCUGGCCGCUGUGGCUGGGCUACUCCAGGGUUAGCCUGUCCUGCCAAACCUGGACUCAGACUGGAGUGGAUGGCCCGAGUCCACAGGCGGAGGAGGCAGGUAGAGGCGGCGCUGGGGACCAGCGGGGCCUAUGACCCGGCAGGGCCUCCCUUUUCCCCGGAGGGGCCGCCCAGGCUCCGGCCAGGAGUGUAGUGCACUGCAUGCAGCUGGCCCUUUCCUCACUGGGCCGACGGUGCGGGGCGCUUGGUGCUCAGUCGUCCUGCAGAAGCAGGAGGGUGUGACCCCGGGAGGUUUGGAAAGGAAGGAGGGAAAGUGGUGGGUGUCCUGGUCUUUGAAGCCAGUUUUGAGGGCAGGGUAAGUUAGUUCUGGACGCAGCUCCGUGUGGCUGGAGCACCCCCCGCCCCCGAUGAAGCUUGGGCUUCCUGCUCAGCUGCAUGGGCUGCCGGAGGAAGCGGAGGCCCCCAGGCCCCCAGGCCGUGGCCUCCUAAAGGCACCUCGCUCUCCCGGGCUCAUGCCGAGGCCACGAGGGGGCGCCCGCAGCACAGACCUGAGAUGGCCAGGCUGCGUGGCAACCAGCGAGCGCUUAACUGGCAGCUGGGCACCUCAGAGCCAGCGGGACAGCCUUUGACGUCUGUCUCUCAUCAUGCCCUGUCGUAACCCGGUGGCAUGCUUUCAAAACACAAUUGGAAAAAAGACAUUUGAGGGCACCUGGGGUAUUUUUGUGGAGAAGGAAAUGG